AUGAAGGAAAUGAAUGCUCUGUUGAAGAAUGCCAUUGAAAUUAUUAAAAAAGCACGUAAGUCAUUGGAACGUCAAAAUGAAGUGAAUAUAGCGAUCGAAGCUGAAUUUUCAAAUUUCAGCAGUGAAAUCAAUCGAGAAUUUAAUAAAUUGUAUAAUAGAAUUUGCAAAAUCAAGAGAGAUUAUAAGAAUCGAAUUGAAUUUUUGAAAAGCAUGUGUCAGCAUUACACUAAUAACUUAUCACAUCGAAUGAAUGAAUUAGCAUUUGAUGAAAUGGAAAUUUGGCAGAAAUUGAAUAAACUUGAGUGGGAUAUAAUUAUUCUUCAAUGUGUUGGACGAUCACUUAUUGAAGCAUCGACAUCUUAUUUAUCGGAAAUUUAUUUUGAUAAUAUUGAACAGACGCUUCAUAAAACGAAAAAGAAUCUUACUCAAAUUGACAAUAUUGUUGCCAAUAAUUAUAACCUUUCUAUUGCAUAUGGUAUUACUUUAUCGCCGGUACCAUCCGUAUUUGCAUCAGAAAUAUCGGUUGAUGAUAACAAGGUCAAUGUUUCUCCUGUAUGGAAAGAAACUGUACAUUAG